AUGAUCCCCACAGCAUUUGAGGCAUUAAGCGAAGACUGUCUUCCAGAAAUUUGGCAUAAUUAUGCAUGGCCAGGUGCAAUUUCUAUGAUGGCAGCAUUAUUAGUUUUUUUCAUAGAAUAUUUGGCCACAAAUUAUACUGAUGAAUUUGAUGAUAAAAAUAAAGAAAUUCUCCCAAGAAAUGACGAUAAUAUUAAAGGAGCUGCUGAGGUCACUAAUAUCAGUCAACCAAAUGGGACUUUAGUUGUGCUAACUAAUAGUUCACAAACAAUCGGUGUAGUAGUUUUAGAAUUUGGUAUUUGCUUUCAUUCAGUAAUAAUUGGAAUGGCAUUGUCAGUUGCUAGUGGGACUGAGUUUAUCUCUUUAUUCUGUGCUUUAGUUUUUCAUCAGACAUUUGAAGGUUUGGGACUUGGUUCAAGAAUUGCAGCAUUAAAGUUACCAGAAGGCAGCUUUAAACCAUGGCUUAUUUUAGGUGUAGCUACGUAUGAUGUAAAUGCUUUUAAAAAAAUCUCUGGGUUACGAUUGCAUCUACGUCUUGCGCUUUGCAACGAACGAACAUUUUUCUUUUGUACGGCAUGGUUGUUCACUAUUCUAUUUUGGAGCCCUGUUGAAACACGUUAG